AUGCGAACCCGGGCCCUGCUCCUCAUCCUGCUUCUCUGUGUUCUGCUGCUUCAGGCCCAGGGAGGGUCUUAUAACCAGAAGAAGAAGAAAAAGCAGCUAUCUCCAGAAAUCAAGGAGUGUGAAAAGAGAGCCAAAAUAUAUCUGUGCAGUUUCCCCUGCACACAUCACCUCGAGUGUCAAGCAAAUAAUGUAUGCUGUUCAACAUUCUGCGGGAACGUUUGCAUGAACAUCCUGUGA